AAGCUCCAUCCCAGAGAGAUCGCCAUCAACGCUCAAUUUCCCCACUACUUUGGUAUUUAGAGAUACAAUCUUGUUUCUGCCGACCGAGUUGAAUUUGAACGCCGGCGGACCAUGUCAGUCUCUUCAAUUUUGAUCUCUAUUGUUUAGCUCUUCGUUCUUUUGAAAGCAGCUGGUGCCCUUCUCCUUUGGCACGCGUCAUCGCUCACCCCAAUACCGCCCAUCAUGGCAGGCGGAGGCCUUUCCUCAGGUACGGGUCAGAAACUGACGCAGGCUACGGUUAUUGUAGCUGGAGUUGCAGCUUUGCUUGCCUCUCUGCUAUCCAUCGUGUAAAUUCUACUGCUCUAUUCCUGCGUGUUUCCAUGCUAAUGUGCCAUUUAUUUACAGCUCAGUAUGGCUCCAAACGUAAAUCUAUGCCUGUCCUACUUGAACUUGCACUCGGAAUAUUGACACCCCCAGAAAAAACUACCGCAAACCCCUCCUGCAAAGAUAUGUCAUACGAAUAUUACUCAUGUGGGUUUGGAAAUAUACCUACGGCUUCUGGUGGGGGUGCUGAUGAAUUGUAGGGUUCCCAUAUAUUCAAUUUCGUCAUGGUCCAGCAUCAUUUCCACGACAGCGGCUCUCUUCUUGGAUCCGAUUCGGGACGUAUAUGAGGUAUGUAUGGCUCGGAGGCUUUGAGUAUAAGUACCUAACUUUGGUAGGCUUUUACCAUCUAUACUUUCUUUCAACUCUUGAUCAACUUCAUUGGAGGAGAACGGGCCCUUAUAAUUAUGAUGCACGGCCGAGAACCAGUUCAUCACUUAUGGCCCUUAAGUCACACGCUCCCUAAAGUCGAUAUCUCGGAUCCCUAUACUUUCUUAGCAAUCAAACGGGGGAUUCUCCAAUAUGCUUGGUUGAAACCAGUUCUGGGUAUAGCCACCAUAAUCAUGAAGGCCACUGGUGUGUAUGACGAGGGUGAUUUGAGUCCUUCCUCGGGUUACUUGUGGGUAACGAUUCUCUAUAACGUCAGUGUUACCCUGAGUCUGUAUUCUUUAGGAAUGUUCUGGGUAUGCAUGUCGAAAGACCUUCAACCUUUUCGUCCAGUUCCUAAAUUCUUGUGCAUCAAACUUAUUAUCUUCGCGUCUUAUUGGCAAGGAUUCUUUCUUGCAAUUCUUGUCUGGCUUGGUGCGAUUCCCGACAAUGUGGAAGGUUAUACUUCAGAUACUCUGGCAGCAGCAAUACAGGAUGCUUUGAUAUGCAUAGAAAUGCCUAUUUUUGCCAUCGGUCACUGGUAUGCAUUCUCAUGGCACGACUAUGCAGAUGUUACAAUUUCAUCCGCAAGGAUGCCAGUCUUAUAUGCCCUCCGCGACGCGUUUGGCGUGCGGGACCUCAUCGAAGAUACCAAGGAAACUUUUAGCGGCAAUCAAUAUGAAUAUCGCCUUUUUGAUUCCGGAGACAACGUUCUAGCUCAUGAAGGAUCUUCUUCGCGUGUGGCUAGAAUGAUGGAUGGGAUGCGAUAUGAACGUGGGGGAAAAGGCAAAUACUGGAUUCCUAAACCCGGGGAGGUGAACUCUAGGACUCCAUUGAUUGGAAACAACAGUGGGCCUAGUCGCUCUCGCAGCCCUACGAAGGGAAUACAGCAUGACGGCGCUAUGGACUAUGGAGGCGGAGACAUUGACGAAGCUCUGGAUCCAGAAGAAGAGGAUUUAUACGAGCGAGCCAGAAAGCUGGAAUUUGGGGAUUGGAAUGUGAGUUUGGUUUCAAUCUGGAUGACGAUUUAUUUGCUCACCAAAAUAGUAUCCUGUAAUCACAGCUCACCAGGUCUCUCGGGAAAGGUGGCUUCACUCUUCGCCCAACCUAUUAACAACCUCUGCAAAUCGUAAUCUUUUACAACCCACACGCGAUAACGAGAUUCGCAGGGCUAGCGACAUCCGCGAAACGGUAGAGGACGUAACAAAGAAGACGCAGCGGAAACAUAGUGCUUCCAAUAAAGGUAAGAAAAGAGAUCUUAGUACAGAAGAUAAGCAGCAGAAGAAGGGAGCUCCGACAGGCGAGGAGGGACGCGCGCCAGCUAUGAAAGGGAUGCUCCGACACCACUCAUCGGCAUCCAGCUCUGCGAAAUCGGAUCGUAGUCAGUUAGUUGAUUUGGUGGUCGAAGACACUGCUGCAGAAGAAACAGAGAGAGUCCGAGCCCGUAAAGAAGGCAGCGCGGGCUGGAAUGCCGCUGAACCUAAACAUUUUGUGUAAGUUCGCAGCCAGAUAAAGCUUGAAAACAAUGCUUACGUGUUUAAUAGGCGAACUUACGGCAAGGCUACAGGAGAAGAUGUCAGGGAAGGAUUUGAGCCAGAUGACAAUAUUCCUGAUCAUGAGCAUAAUGAAGAGAACGACCCCUUCUCUGUCGGCGAUGGGUUGGAUAGUUCUCAUUCAGAUGAAGCUCGUCAUUGGCAGGAGGCCAAGGAGCCGGAAGUAAAAUUGAAGCCAAAGUAUGGUAUUGAAGGGGAAGCUUUUGAGAAUGUUUGGGGUGGAGGGGAGUCCUCCAAGCCCCCACAAGGGAAUCCUUGAUGUGUAAUAUACCCUUUGCUGUGCAUUGUUUGGAUUUGGAUUUGGCGAGCGAGGCGUUCAUUGGUUUGGUUGGUUGGUCUUGUGAAAGAAAUAACAAAAGCGGCUGUCCUCAUCAUAUUCUGAGCGUUGACGGAUUUCUGGUAUUCUGCUAUAUAACGGACAGGUAGAUUUAGAUGAUUAGUGUUCUGUUUCAACCUUCUGCUUUCCCCUUUAUUACCAUAUAUAUAUUCAUAUAUAAUCAAAUGUCCAUUUUCGCUUAACA